AUGUGUGUGAGAUUAUUGGCCGCAAAGUCAAAUUGGAAUGUUCCUGAUCAGUGUUUGGAAUACUUUGCAAAAAUGAUGUUGGAUGCGACUCCUACGAAAGACAACUUGCCUACAAGUUAUUAUGAUGCAAAGAGGUUGGUGUCGAAGUUGGGUUUAGAAGUGCGAAAGAUUGAUUGUUGCAUAAAUAGAUGUAUGUUGUUUUAUGAUAAUGAGUUUGGUAUUAAUGAUGAGGCGCUGGAGGAAUGUAAGUUCUGUAAGAGUCCGAGAUAUCAAGUUCGUAGUAAAGCCAUUAACCGUAAACAAAAACGUGUAGCAGUGAAGUCCAUGUUUUAUUUGCCGAUAAUACCAAGGUUAAAAAGAUUGUUUGCUUCAAUGCAUAGUGCAAGUCAAAUGACAUGGCAUCAUACAAACAAAACAUCUUCAGGCAUUAUGCGGCAUCCAUCUGACGGUGAGGCAUGGAAACAUUUUGAUAGGGUACAUUCUGAUUUUGCUGCAGAACCUAGAAAUGUCAGGCUCGGACUAUGCUCUGAUGGUUUCACUCCAUACGUCCAAGCAUCUGCAAUUGCAUAUUCCUGUUGGCCAGUUAUCGUAACCCCUUAUCGUAACCCCUUACAACCCCCCUUGCAAUUGCAUAUUCCUGUUGGCCAGUUAUUCUCCCGAAGAUGA